UCUACCUGCUCUUAACUGGUUCACUGUAUUAAAGCUGAGUCAGUGUGUGCUAUAUAAUGAUACAUUUUGAUAUGAUGGUAUCACACGGUUAUUAUUAUGUAUCACACCAUUAAAACGAAAGCGCAUGCAAACAUUUUGAGAUGUGCAGUGUCAUAUGUCAUUGGUAACAGUAGCUGUAAGCUCCUUUUGCAAAGUACUUGCUGCUGCUGGUACGUUGUGAUGAAUAAAAGCGUUUUCUGUAUUGCAGCUUGAUCUACAGUAGUGGUGUGUGCUGUGUGUGUCAGAUGACGACUUGCUGACGCUGCCUGAGCCAAACCAGUAAAGGAGAUCCAGUAAAGAGCGCAGCGUGGACUACUGCUCGCAAGGUGAACAUUCACCGUGUAGCCCUGUCACAAAAGGGGGAACCAAACCAAGGUGCUAUCAAGGAAUCCGAAAAUGGACGUGCCGCGACUAGGCCACAGCAUCAGCAGCCCGACCAGCCCUUGCGACGACAUGAUCAAGAACCUCAGCUUAGAAGCUAUUCAGCUUUGUGACAGAGAAGGUAAUAAAUCUCUAGAUAGUGGAAUUGCUGAGAUGGAGGAGCUUCCAGUUCCACAGAAUAUCAGAAUAAAUAAUAUCACAUGUGAUUCCUUUAAGAUCGCAUGGGAAAUGGAUCCAAAAUCAAGAGACAGAAUUACGCACUACUUCAUUGACUUGAAUAAGAAAGAGAACAAGAAUUCAAAUAAAUUCAAACAUAAGGAUGUUCCAACUAAACUGGUCGCUAAAGCUGUUCCUCUACCCAUGACAGUACGAGGUCACUGGUUCCUAAGUCCUCGGACAGAAUACACAGUAGCAGUUCAGACUGCAUCUAAACAGGCUGAUGGAGAUUAUGUUGUUUCUGACUGGAGUGAAAUUGUGGAAUUCUGUACAGCAGAUUACUCUAAAGUUCACUUAACUCAGUUACUAGAAAAAGCAGAAGUAACUGCAGGUCGCAUGUUGAGGUUCUCUGUUCUGUAUCGCAACCAGACCAAAGAAUACUUUGACUAUGUUCGGGAGCACCAUGGAAAUGUUAUGCCUCCCUCUGUAAAAGAUAACAGUGGUAGUCAUGGUUCUCCCAUCAGUGGAAAACUAGAAGGCAUCUUCUUCAGUUGCAACACAGAAUUUAAUACUGGUAAGCCGCCUCAUGAUUCACCUUAUGGAAGGUAUCGAUUCGAGGCUCCGGUAGAAAACCUGUUCAAUCCAAACACUAAUCUCUACUUUGGGGACUUCUAUUGCAUGUACACUGCUUACCAUUAUGUAAUUCUUGUUAUUGCACCAAAUGGGUCACCAGGGGAUGAAUUCUGCAAGCAAAGGCUUCCUCAAUUAAACAUAAGUGAUAACAGGUUUCUGACCUGCAUUGAAGAAGAUGGAGUGAUGAUCUACCGCCAUGCUCAAGAUGUCAUCUUGGAAAUUAUUUAUACUGACCCAGUUGAUCUUUCACUUGGCACAGUCUCCGAGAUCAUUGGCCAUCAGUUAAUGAGCUUAUCUACUGCAAAUGCAAAGAAAGAUCCUAGCUGCAAGACCUGCAACAUCAGUGUUGGACGCUAACAGUUUCAUGACUUCAACCAUUCCAUCUCCAGAUUAUAAAUUGAUUGCCCUUUUCUGUUUUCGGAGGCAUGCAAAUGCAGCUUUACCAAAAGCAAACAGCACAUUUACUUACAAUUGUUUGUCUUUACUAGCAUUCCUUAGUGUUCUCUUCUCUUUAUUCAUAUAUUUGUGAAGUUGCUGCUAAGGCAAACUAUAACACUGCUCUUUCUACUGGUGGUGAUGCGUUAACAGACUUAUCUGUUUUAGAUGCUGCAAUAUAUUCCUUUGCCAAAUGUAAUAAAAAUGGUAAGUAAGGCUGCUGUAGCAAAGUAACAGUAAUGGCUUUCAUGUGAUGUUAAAAUAUUUUUCAUUUUUACCUGCUGAAUUAAAAAAAAAUGUUACAGUGCAGUUAAAAAAAAAAAAAAGCACGAAGAUUUGUACUUGCAGCAUGUUUUUAAUCUUGGAGUAUAGAGACAUCAGCACUUCAACAUGUUGUUUAACAGUGUAACAUGUUAUUAGCUAACAGAAAGCAUAUUUCGUGCUUAAACACAAUAAAUAUUGUAGAAAAAUAUUUUAUUUGUACUGUUGUAUAAAAUAUUUACAAAACAUACGGAAUGUCCAGAAUGUUAACCAUAGGAAUUAGUUAUACCAUAAACCACAAGUGUCUUGUCAAAGGAAUAAACUACAAACUGUGAACAUUU